CUCGGCAGCCCACUCCGCCCACCCGGCCUGCACUUUGCUGUGCUUUCGGCGGAGGUGCAGGGGGCCUCGCCUCGCAGCCUCUUACUCACCACCGCGUUAGUACUCAUAUAAACGAAGGAGUUUGGAAUUCCCGUUUCCCCCGUGAUUUUGGACCGAAACACAAUAUAUUUUUGCAUAUGUUUAUUGUCUUUCCACCACCGGCUGGUUGCCGAGAGGCGGAGGCACAUUUUGAUCUUUCUUCCGCCUACUCAAGUUGGGACGCCGACGCUGCCAUGUCAUGAAGGAACAAACCUGCACGUAGAAUUGAAGUUGCUGUUUGGAUCUUUUUUUUCUGCACUGCUGCCUAGAGAGCUUUGCCCCUGUCUUUUUUUUUUUUUUUCAUUAUUAUCAACUGGAGCGCCGAACGCCAGCAUGCAGACCUCCUCACUGCGCCGGCAGGUGAAAAACGUGGUCAACAACUACACGGAGGCGGAGAUCAAGGUGCGCGAGGCUACCUCCAACGACCCGUGGGGCGCCUCCAGCACGCUGAUGGCCGAGAUCGCCGACCUGACCUACAACAUGGUGGCUUUCACCGAGGUCAUGGGCAUAAUCUGGAGGCGGCUCAAUGACCACGGCAAGAACUGGCGCCAUGUUUAUAAGGCGCUCACCCUGCUGGACUACCUAAUCAAGGCAGGCUCAGUGCGUGUGGCCCAGGAGUGCCGGGACAACAUCUAUUCCAUCCAGACGCUCAAGGACUUCCAGUACGUAGACCGCGACGGAGGGGACCAGGGCAUCCACAUCCGUGAGAAGGCCAAGAAACUGGUGGCUCUACUGAAGGACCCGGAGAAGCUUAAGAAGGAUCGGGCCCAGGCUUCCAAGACCAGGUCGCGCAUGGUGAAGCUCUACGGCGAAUAUGGGGAGCUGCCUCCUCCGUACCCGGCCACCCACGCCGCGCACUAUGAGACGUCCGAGUCCAGAAGUUCGCCCUCGUCUCUCCAACCCUCCUUUUCCUUGCCUCGGCUGGCGCCCGACUUGGAGCAAGCUCGGCCGACCACCACAGGCGAGGAGGAGCUGCAGCUGCAGCUGGCCCUGGCCAUGAGCCGCGAGGAGAGUGAAAAGCCCACCACAACAACGGUGGUUCUCGAUGAAAAGACAGCAAUGCAGAUCGCGGUGAGCGUGAGCAAAGAGGCCAAGAAGUCUUUCAAGCGGCCACCUACAACGCUGGAGAUAGAUGAGGACUCUCAACUCAAGUUAGCGAUGAGCAUGAGCAAGGAAGCGCACCAACAGGAGCAACUCGGUCGCCGAGGAGACGACUCGAUGCUCAAGAAAGCUUUGGAGGAGAGCAAACGCGAGAUGGCGUCUAAAGGCGGGACUGCCUUCAUGGACCUGGUCGAUGUUUUUGCCGCACCCAAAGAGCCUCCUCCAAAGGAAAAAGUGUGGCCUAGAAGCGCGGGUGUCACGGAGCCCUGGAACCCCUCGGACGGAAGCGGCGGCUCGCCGAGAGUAGCCGACGCGGCCUGGAGGAUAAUGCCCGCCUCCGCCAGUCCUCCUCCGCCCUGGGAGCCCAGCCCGCCGCCCGGCAACCCUUGGGACCCCCCGGUCGCCGCCAACCCGUGGGCCUCAGGAUCGUUGGCAGCCGAUCCCUUUACGACAGCCAAAAAGUCUCUCCGAGCUGUGAGCCCCUCAGAUGACGAUUUGUUCGACGCGGCCAUGGACGGAGGUAUGGCCAAUGGGCGGAGGGCGGGCAGCCCCGACAUGUUUGACAUGUCCAAACUCGUUAAGAGCCUGGCGGAGCCCCAGCCUCGUAUGUCGCACACCCCCGAGUCGUUCCUGGGCCCCGCCGCCGCCUCUCUGGUGGACCUGGAUGCGCUGAUUCCUGCCAACCCCCAAGCCAACCUCAACCCUUUCCUAGCAGGUGGGGGCCCUUCCACCAUCGUCAACCCGUUCGAUGCGGAACCAGUCCGACACACUCUGGAACAAAUGGGCUCAGCCAUGGCACGGCCUUCCCUCCCCUACAGCGCCUCCCUGCCACUGGCCGGCAGCCAGCAGCCAGCCAGCCUGCCGUCGUCCUUCAGCCACCCUGACCAGAGCGGCCUAGAGCUGCCCCAGCCUCUGUUGCCCUUCUCCACGGGCGCCGCUCUGGCCUCACAGCCCGCGUUGAACAAUCAGAACCCUUUCCUCUGAGGAACCAUUCAACGUGUCACAAAAAGGGAAAUGAAACUACAGCGAGCUCCAAGGAAUCAAGUGAAACCCCCUUUUUUUUUCCCCGACAAGCUAAUGGUGUGCUAACAGGUUGGAAAGGAAAAAUCCUUUUUGAGCAUUUGCUAAUUGGACUCAAAUGUGUUCUGUUGCCUUUGUGAAGUCAACAAUCCUGUCGCACACUCAACUGUUUGUGUCACCGCCACCACCUGCUGCUGCUGGUACUGCUCUUCACCAUAGACUCAAGCAGCACCGUUCGAAAAACACCCGAGGCUUUUACAACUGGAAGAUAAUGCAAUGCAGUUUGGGCGGGAUGAAAGCGCUUUUAAUUUUAGGCUUAACGUGACCUUAGUAGAGUGCAAUGGAAGCGCUCCAUCGGUUGCUUCGACUUGUGUCGCCAGCGGUAUUUCAAAUCUGAAAUACGCCCCCUUAAAAAUAGAUAAUCAUCAGUGGGAAAAAUAAACACCUUCAAAUAAAUGCCUGCUUUUCCCUUUCCCGUGUCAGUUUACAUCCGCUUCCAUUAAAGAUUAAAUGGCUGGGCUCAUUUAAACUCCUGCUUUGUUAAGCAAUAUUCGUGUCAUGUCAAACUUUUUUUUAGGCAUAACUGAAUUCAAGUGUGGAGACUUGACUGGACGUUGUAAUAAAUUCCACUUCCUGUGAACAGAAAUGUUGGCAUUGUCAAA